GAUUGGCACGUGCGACAAUGGGCGAACGAUUGGCGACCCGUGGCGCCCAGGAACUCGUCACUCGGCAUCUGCUGUUGGCAGGCAGUGCAUGUCUUGUCGGCGAUGUCUAUCCUGCUUUCGGGUUGGCGAGCUGCCAAGAUAUUAGCAAACCUUGCAGGACUACUCUCAAGGGCGCUUCAUACCUCGAGUCCUAGAGCGCUGCUUGUUCCUGGCCGUUCGCUGAGCACUUGCAUGCGCGACAGUUCUCGAGAUGUUGACGUCCAGUCGCACUCAGAAAUUCUUCAAGGGGUUUCUGCUGGCUACAAUCUCCUCAAAACUACUGAACUACUCUGUUGAUCUUCAAAGGCAUCAUUAGCAUCAAAAUACGAAAAAAAGAACGCUCAGAGGAAGGUCAAUUUGCGGGAAUUCAUACCCAUGGAUGCUGCGGCGCAGGGUCUCACAGACAGACUAUGGCCUUCAAAGCCGAAAAGAAAAGGGAGAGAAAGAGUCGGAGCCGCUAG